UUUUUUUUGGUAAAACAGUUAAAAAAAAAAAGGCUUUAAGCUUUGGAUUCACUCUUUACAAACGUAACUGAAACCGAACGCCAUUACACAUGGCUCCCUUCGCCAUCCCCGAGCCUACGCAUGUUACCAUCUCCCUCUCUUCCUCCAUGCAGCCAUCAUCAUCGACCUUCUUCUUCUUCUUCGUCAUACCAAAAGCUGAAAACCACGUAGAAACAGAGAACAAUGGCGAACGCAACCUCUGAAUCCGACAUGACAAGCCUCGACCUCUCGUCGCCAAGAUCCCCAAAACGCACCGUUUACUACGUCCAAAGCCCGUCACGUGACUCCCAAGACGACGGCGACAAGUCUUCCACGGUGGCGCUGACGGGUACUACGCCCACGGACUCGCCGUCGCACCAGUCGUCGGCGAGCCGCGUCUCCGGCAGCGGAGGAGGUUUCCGGUGGAAGGGUCGGAGAGGACGGUGGUCGGAGAGGCACGUGAUAGAGGAGGAAGGUGAUGAUGAGUACGAGGUUAACAGAGGCAUAUCUACUGGGACAUGUAGGAUUCUUUUGGGAGCGUUUGCGUUUGCGUUUGCGUUCUUGGUCCUCUGUCUGUCUCUCUUGGCAGCUGCUCGACCUUUUUCUCCUAUCGUCGACGUCAAGAGUUUGAAAGUGAACAGUUUCUAUUACGGGGAAGGUUCAGACAAGACAGGAGUCCCGACCAAGAUUCUCAACAUGAACAGUUCUUUGAAGAUGACGAUACGAAAUCCCGCUACGUUCUUCGGAAUCCACGUCAGCUUCUCCACCUUCAAACUCAUCUACUCCGAUCACUUCGUCCUUGCCACUGGCCAGGUAAUGAAGAGUUACUAUCAACCAAGAAAGAGCAAGCAUAUGGCUAUGGUGGAGCUCUUAGGAUCAAAGAUUCCUUUAUAUGGAGCAGGAGCUUACUUAGCUGCUUCAGAUAAGAAUGGCGGAGUUCCCGUGACGUUGGAGUUCGAGUUCCGAUCUCGUGGGAACGUUGUCGGGAGCAUGGUCAAGUCGAAAUACCGGAAAUCCAUCUCUUGCUUCUUCUUCAUCUCCUCCUAUGUCACCAACCUCGUAAAGUUCAACGAGAAUACGUGUAAACGUGUAUAAACUUUUUUUUUCCAAUCCAAAAAAAAUAUCUUAAUUGAAGAU